CCCGCCGCCGCCGCCAUGCCGCUGCUCUUCCUCGAGCGCUUCCCGUGGCCCAGCCUCCGCACCUACACGGGCCUCAGCGGCCUGGCCUUGCUCGGCACCAUCGUCAGCGCCUACCGCGCCCUCAGCCAGCCGCAGGCCGGGGCGGGCGAGCCGGAGCCGCUAACGGCCCCGCUGCAGCCCGAGGCGCUCGUGCCGUCGCGCCUGGCCGCCGGCGGCCCCCGGGCCCGCGAGGUGGCCCAGUACCUGCUGUCGGACAGCCUGUUCGUGUGGGUUCUGGUGAAUACUGCCUGCUGUGUUUUGAUGUUGGUGGCUAAGCUUAUCCAGUGUAUUGUGUUUGGUCCUCUUCGAGUGAGUGAGAGACAGCAUCUCAAAGACAAGUUUUGGAAUUUUAUUUUCUACAAGUUCAUUUUCAUUUUUGGUGUGCUGAAUGUCCAGACUGUGGAGGAGGUGGUGAUGUGGUGCCUCUGGUUUGCCGGCCUUGUUUUUCUGCAUUUGAUGGUUCAGCUCUGCAAAGACCGAUUUGAAUACCUUUCCUUUUCUCCCACCACACCCAUGAGCAGCCACGGGAGAGUCCUGUCUCUGUUGAUGGCGAUGCUGCUCUCCUGCUGUGGACUGGCAGUUGUCUGCUGUGUCACAGGCUACACCCAUGGCAUGCACACCUUGGCUUUCAUGGCUGCGGAGUCUCUUCUUGUGACAGUGAGGACAGCUCAUGUGAUUUUAAGAUAUGUAAUUCACCUCUGGGACCUCAACCAUGAAGGGACUUGGGAAGGAAAGGGAACCUAUGUGUAUUACACCGAUUUUGUCAUGGAGCUCACUCUCUUGUGCCUGGACCUCAUGCACCACAUUCACAUGCUGUUGUUUGGCAACAUCUGGUUAUCUAUGGCUAGCCUGGUCAUCUUUAUGCAGCUCCGUUACCUGUUCCAUGAGGUACAGCGGCGGAUCCGUCGGCACAAGAACUAUUUACGUGUGGUAGGAAACAUGGAAGCCAGGUUUGCAGUUGCAACUCCAGAGGAGCUAGCUGUCAAUAAUGAUGACUGUGCAAUCUGCUGGGACUCCAUGCAGGCUGCAAGGAAGCUUCCCUGUGGACAUCUUUUUCACAACUCCUGCCUUCGUUCUUGGCUAGAACAAGACACGUCUUGUCCAACAUGCAGAAUGUCUCUUAACAUUGCUGAUGGCAGUCGAGCCAGGGAGGACCAGCAGGGGGAGAACUUGGACGAGAACUUGGUCCCUGUGGCUGCUGCCGAGGGCAGGCCUCGUUUAAACCAGCACAACCACUUCUUCCACUUCGACGGGUCCCGGAUUGCGAGCUGGCUGCCAAGUUUUUCAGUUGAAGUGAUGCACACUACCAACAUUCUUGGCAUCACACAGGCAAGCAACUCCCAGCUAAAUGCCAUGGCUCAUCAAAUUCAAGAGAUGUUCCCCCAGGUCCCAUACCACCUUGUGCUCCAGGACCUCCAGAUGACUCGCUCCGUGGAAAUAACAACAGACAACAUCUUAGAAGGACGGAUUCAAGUUCCUUUUCCCACACAGCGGUCAGAGAGCCUGCGGCCUGCACUCAACAGCCCGGUGGAAAGGCCCAGCACUGAUCCAGAGGAGGGAGAAGCUUCUGUCCAGACGGAGCGUGGACCACUGGACCUCAGUCCUCGCCUGGAAGAGACCCUGGACUUCAGUGAGGUAGAAGUGGAGCCCGGUGAGGUGGAAGACUUUGAGGCCCGGGGGAGCCGCUUCUCCAAGUCUGCUGAUGAGAGACAGCGCAUGUUAGUCCAGCGCAAGGAUGACCUCCUGCAGCAGGCUCGGAGGCGGUUCUUGAACAAAAGUUCUGAAGAUGACAUGGCCUCAGAGAGACUCCUCCCCUCUGAAGGCACGUCCUCUGACCCCGUGACCCUGCGCCGGAGGAUGCUGGCAGCUGCUGCUGAGCGGAGACUUCAGAGGCAGCAGACAACCUAGUGCUUCCUCAUCUUCCUCAGCCU